AUGUCACCUUCCAAUAGGACUGGGUCCAGUCCUCUGACCUUCUCCCUCACCAGCAUUCCCGGCCUGCCGGUGAGCAGCUACUGCCUGGCGCUGCCUCUGUGCUGCCUGCACCCCCCCAUGCUCCUGGGGAACCGCUCCUUACUCCAGGUGACAGGACAGAGCCUCCGUACCCCGAUGUACUAUGUCCUCCCCGUGCUGUCCAUGGCAGACCUGGACUUGUCUCUCUCCAUGGCCAUUUUUGAGUCCUCCUCCCUCCGAUUUGAGGCAUGCGUUGCCCGGGUGUACUUCAUCCACUCCUUCUGUGCCAUCGAGUCUGGGGUGCUGGUGGCCACGGCUUUUGAUCGCUUUGUUGCUAUUGGCUACCCUUUACACGACGCCUCUGUCCUGAUGAGCUCCCUCGUAAUGAAGGGUGUGUGUGUGUGUGUGAUCUUCACAUGGGGCAUCUGUGGGGCUCUACCCAUCACCACCCUUAUUAAGAAGAUGCCUUUUGGCAGGCCCCGUGUCCUGUCUCACUCCUUCUGCCUGCACCGGGACACACUGAGGCUGGUUUGUGGGGAUGUCGGGGUCAGCGGCUUGUACGGGCUGACUGCGGUGACCCUGGGCUCCCUGACCAUCCUCCUGUCUUACAUGAUGAGCAUCAGGGCCAUCUUGAGCAGCGUCUCCCAGGAAGCACGAGCCAGAGCCUUUAGCACGUGCAUCUCCCACCUCUGUGCCAUCCUGAUCUUCUACACCCCGCUCGUUGGCUCGUCCAUCAUCCGCAGGCUUGGGCACCACCUGCCCCCCACGCUCCUGGCCGAUGCCUGCCUCCUCGCGCCGCCUGUCCUGAAGCUGCUCCUGUACGGCUGGAAAAUGAAGCAGACCCGCAGGCGGAUCCUCAUCCUGCUCCACCGGAGAGGGACCCAGAAGUGGGUCUAG